GACAAGACCAGAGGAAGAGAGAGAGGGAAACACAUGAGAUGAGAGGGGGGGAGUGUGUCCGUGUCAGAUUUUUUUAGAGAGAGAGAGGAGACGACGAAGAAGAAGCAGUAGAAGAGAUGAGAGAGAAGAAGAGGAGAGCUAAAAAGCGCAACUAGCAGCAGCAGCAGAGCCAUCCUCCCCACUUUCUCCUUCACCUCCUUCGUUUACUACUAUCACAAACACAAAGAGAGAAACAGAGCUCCAUUAUCCGUUUCUAGAAACAACUCCACCAAAGAACAACCAAUCCCAAAUUCCAUUUACAGGAUUUCUCGUCUCUGUGGGUCUUCUGUUCUUCCCUCAAGUUCCGAGCUUUCCUCCCGUCUCGUUCCCAUGGAGGGCUGACGGCCGUGGGAGAAGCCUCCAACACCUGACAUGAGUCCACCUGAUCAAGACCCCAACUCCUCUUGGUGGGUCGACGGGAUUGGGAGCGGAUGAAGCUGAAAUCGAUUGUGCUCUGCAGCGGGACUGGCUUUGGUUGAAGGGUUCCUUGCGUCAUGCAUCUCUUGCUCUCUCGGAUGGAGCUCCACCAGCAAAAUUACAGCUUCUUGUAGCGGCUGCUCCAUUCUUAGGAUGACAGCUUGGUGAAAUGGAGCUCGUGGAGAAUGGUUUUGGCUUUGGUGAUCAGUGCUGUGGUCGUUGUCUGAUGAGCUGGGAGGAUUUCUCUGGAAUCUGAGGAAUUCUCUCUAAAGGAUCUUCUUUGUUGCUUUGAGAUCAAAUUCAAGUGAAUAAGAAUUGGUUUCAAGUGUUUCUUUCAACUGACAGAGAGUUGGGAAGCCAAGAAAUGAGGCUUUCUUCUGCUUGUUUUUCGCCCCCAAACCAGGAAGGGGAGAAAAGAGUCCUGAAUUCCGAACUAUGGCACGCGUGUGCUGGUCCUCUUGUCUCACUACCAGCCAUUGGAAGCAGAGUUGUCUACUUUCCUCAGGGCCAUAGCGAGCAGGUUGCAGCAACGACGAACAGGGAAGUAGAUGCGCAUAUUCCCAACUACCCAAGCUUACCGCCACAGCUUAUCUGUCAGCUUCACAAUGUGACCAUGCAUGCAGACAUCGAGACUGAUGAGGUUUAUGCGCAGAUGACCUUGCAACCACUUAGUCCACAAGAGCAAAAGGAGACCUUCCUUCCUGCAGAGUUAGGAUCUCUAAGCAAGCAACCUACGAAUUACUUCUGUAAGACUUUGACGGCAAGUGACACGAGCACUCAUGGGGGCUUCUCUGUUCCUCGACGGGCAGCUGAGAAAGUGUUUCCUCCUCUUGACUAUUCUCAGCAGCCUCCAGCCCAAGAACUGAUCGCACGGGAUCUUCAUGACAAUGAGUGGAAGUUUAGACAUAUAUUUCGAGGGCAGCCCAAGAGGCACCUCCUUACAACAGGAUGGAGUGUUUUUGUCAGUGCUAAGAGGCUUGUUGCUGGUGACUCGGUCCUCUUCAUAUGGAAUGAGAAGAACCAGUUACUUCUUGGUAUUCGACGCGCUAAUCGGCCACAAACUGUGAUGCCAUCAUCGGUUCUGUCGAGCGAUAGUAUGCACUUGGGCCUUCUUGCAGCUGCAGCACAUGCAGCUUCGACUAAUAGUCGUUUCACCAUAUUCUACAAUCCAAGGGCUAGCCCAUGCGAAUUUGUCAUACCCCUGGCCAAGUACGUGAAGGCAGUCUACCAUACACGCAUCUCUGUCGGCAUGCGGUUUCGGAUGCUUUUUGAGACUGAAGAAUCAAGUGUCAGGCGGUAUAUGGGCACGAUCACUGGCAUAAGUGACUUGGAUCCUGCUCGGUGGCCGAAUUCACACUGGCGCUCAGUAAAGGUGGGCUGGGAUGAAUCCACAGCAGGGGAAAGGCAGCCUAGAGUAUCAUUGUGGGAGAUCGAACCAUUGACAACAUUCCCUAUGUAUCCCUCUCCAUUCCCUCUCAGGCUUAAACGACCAUGGCCGGCUGGUCUCCCCCCUUUCCAUGAUGAUGGUAUGGGAAUGGCAUCUCAGCUGAUGUGGCUCCAAGGAGAUGGUGGGGACCAGAGAAUUCCAUCCCUUAGCUUUUCAGGAUUAGGUCUACAUCCAUGGGCACAGCCGCGUGGCCUUGAUGCUUCCUUGCUGGGUCUACAACCCGACAUGUACCAGGCUGUGGCCGCUGCAGCUGCCCUACAACAAGACAUGAGGCCUCUUGAACCUUCCAAACAUACCUUUAUGCAAAUCCCGCAGUUACAAAAUCUCCCAACUGGGUCAUCUUCCUUGAUGCAGCAGCCCCAAAUGUUACCGCAUCCCCAGCAAGCUUUUCUUCAACAAAGCCAGCUCCAUUCAGUCCAUCAGUCCCAGACCCAGGCCCUGGGGCACCCACUCCUUCAGCAACAGCUGCCACGGCAGCACUCAUUCAAUGAACAGCAGCUAGUCGAUCACCAGCAGGCCCCAAGUGUUUCCUCAAUGUCCCAAUCCAUGCCUUUGCUCUGCCACCAAAUGAGUUUCUCAGAUUCAAAUGGGAACACAGUCACAAGCCCGGUGGUCUCUCCUCUGCAGAGCCUUCUGGGCUCAUUCCCUCAGGAUGAAUCUUCCCACCUCCUUUGUUCUUUGCCUCAAACCAGUCCUCUAAUAUCAUCCCCUUCCUCGUGGCCAUCGAAGCGGGCUGCAGUCGAACGCCUCCAUCCUUCGGGAGAUUCCAAUAACGUCUCACCCAAGAUGCAGCAAGUGGGCCCUCCAGCCCACAAUAACAGUAUUACCCAAAGUUCCAUUUCCUUGCCACCCUUUCCCGGUGCCAGAGAUUGCUCGGUGGACCAAGAAGGAAGUACAGACCCUCAGAGCCAUCUUUUGUUUGGUGUUAACCUCGAACCCUCGUCACUUCUGAUGCAGAAUGGGCUUUCAGGCCUCAGGGGGGUCGUAGGAAGUGAUGGUGAAUCAACCAAUCUGCCCUUCACUUCAAACUACAUGAGCAAUAAUAUGGGAUCUGAGUUUGGCCUGAACCCGUCAAUCACACCGGCAAGUUGCAAUGAUGGAUCCGGUUUUCUGCAAUCGCCGGAGAACACGGGCCAAGGAAACACACCCUCCAAAACCUUCGUGAAGGUUUACAAGUCGGGAUCCUUCGGCAGGUCGCUGGACAUAACAAAGUUCAGCAGCUACAACGAGCUAAGAAGCGAGCUAGCCCAAAUGUUUGGGCUGGAAGGCUUGUUGGAGGACCCACUGAGAUCAGGCUGGCAGCUUGUAUUCGUUGACAGGGAGAAUGACGUUCUCCUCCUCGGCGAUGGCCCUUGGCCGGAGUUCGUGAGCAGUGUGUGGUGCAUAAAGAUCCUGUCCCCAGAAGAAGUGCAGGAGAUGGGAAAGAGUGGCAUUGAGCUUCUUAACUCGGCGACCCCCAUUCAGAGGCUCCCGAACGGCACCACCACUUGCGAUGAUUUCACGACCCGCCAGGACUCUCGAAGUUUGAGCACUGGAAUUCCAUCCGUGGGGUCCCUCGAUUACUGAGGCAGACCUCCCUGUUCACGACCGACCGGGUUUUUAAGGUUUAUUCCGCUCCUCAGUCUUUCUAAUGUUUGGAAGGCUGCUUCAAUGUUUUUGGCCCUAGCCCUAGUCAUAGAGAACCAUUUACUUAUAACCAUCAAUGUGUGAUAAGAUAUUUUCCUCUGCAGAAUCACUAAGACCUGAACUUAGUACAUCUUGUUUGACGUCAUCAGUUGAUUCAGUUCAGAAAUCAAAUGUUAUUAGAUGGCAAUACACAUCUUGAUUUCUGUACUUGUUUAGGUCGCGAAGAUAUAGGGAACUGGAUGACAUUGAAUCACGAGGUGAUUGUGUUUAUUUCGAACU